AUGAAUAAAAGUGAUAUUAUUAAAAAAUUUUCACUUGAAUUUUCAGAUGAAUUUUAGAAGCGAGUUGAAAAUUAAAGCUUAACUCAAAUCAUAAAACUUAUUUUUGAAAACCCAAUAUCUAAAAUAGCUAAACCUCUUGAUUUGAAAAACCAAAAAUAAUUAAACAGGCCAACAUUAUUUGAAAUAUUAGCUGUCUAAAAUUUAAGUGAGCCAAAAAAAACAAGGUAUACAAAUACUAAAGAUGCUACCUUACAAUUUAUUUUUUAUCCAAAUAUUGUUGCAAUCUCUUUAUAAAAGCAUCCUGAAAUAGAUUAAGAUUUAUUUUAAUUAGAAGGAAAAAAAGUAUUUAGUAAUUUUUAGAAUUAGAUUUUAAUUCCAUAAGGAACAGAAAUUUGUAGAUCCAUUUUAAUUUUAAAAUAGUUCAUUCUCAUUAAUGAUUACAAUUAAUUGCUAUGA